AUGUCUGGCUUUAAAAGUAAAGAAAAAGGUGCGGGAAAAUGGGUUCAGAAACAGGAACAACAAACAGAUUCGGAGAAACGUCAGUGGGCAGCACUCCGUCGUCGUUACGAGUGGAAAGAUUCUUAUGAUGAAACUGGUAUUGCUCCAAGGGAUGAGGAUUUGGAGAAUGAGCUCUUUGGGGAAGAAAACCAUGUACACACGGGCAUCAACUUUUCAAAAUAUGAAGAAAUCAAAGUUAACAUAAAAAGUGCAGAUGGGGUACAAAUAGAACCUAUAAAUUCGUUUGAUGAGUCCAAUCUUCACAAAGUUAUGAAAGAAAAUAUCGAAUUGGCCAAAUAUAAAGUCCCAACGCCCGUUCAAAAAUAUUCAAUUCCGAUUAUCACAAGUAAAAAAGAUCUUAUGGCAUGCGCCCAAACAGGAUCGGGGAAGACGGCAGCUUUUCUUAUACCAGUAUUGUCACAACUUUUUGGGAAGAGGAACCUCGCAGCACCUCGGCAACAACCUGGCGUACUACGUAAAAUUAAAUCCGAGCCCCUAGUCUUAAUAAUUGCACCUUCUCGUGAGUUGGCGACCCAAAUUUUUGACGAAUGUCGCAAAUUUACUUAUAGAAGCAUGAUGAGGCCAUGCGUGGUGUAUGGUGGCGCGGAUCCAGCUCUGCAGAAAGAAGAAUUAGCGAAAGGUUGCGAUGUGCUUACUGCGACACCGGGUCGAUUAAAGGAUUUCUUAGAAAGAGGUAUAAUUAGCCUUCGCAGGGUCAAGUUUCUUGUGCUUGAUGAAGCUGAUAGAAUGCUGGAUAUGGGUUUUGAAGAUGAUAUUAGAAUAAUCGUGCAGAAGUCGGAUCUUGUUAAUGAUGGCGAUAGACAGACUUUAAUGUUUUCAGCUACUUUUCCGAAGAAAAUCCAGGAUCUUGCUCAAGAUUUUCUGGCAAAAGGAUACAUUUUUCUCACGGUUGGCCGUGUCGGUGGCACUACAAGUGAUAUCACACAAAAGAUUUUAUACGUUGAAGAAGAGAAAAAACGGAAUCAGCUUGUUGAAAUGCUUUUGAAACAGCCUCCAUCUCGUACUUUGAUUUUCGUUAAAUCGAAACGUGGUGCGGACUCUCUAGAUGAGUACCUUUACAAUCAGGGAUUUCCAACUACCAGUAUUCAUGGAGAUCGUACCCAACGCGAAAGAGAAGAUGCGCUAAUAUCUUUUAAGAAUGGUCGAGCUCCAAUUCUGAUUGCUACAUCAGUAGCAGCGCGUGGAUUAGAUAUUAAAAAUGUUAUGCACGUUAUUAACUAUGAUCUAUGCGAACAAAUAGAUGAAUAUGUUCAUCGGAUUGGCAGAACCGCUCGUGUGGGAAAUAAGGGUUUGGCGACUAGUUUUUAUAAUGAGAAUAAUUCAGACAUUGCGUACGAAUUGGUGAAAAUACUUAUGGAAUGUAAUCAAGAAAUCCCUGAUUUUUUACAAUCACAUGGAGACAUGCCAAAUGAUGAGUAUACUAGGGUUGGUACAAGUAAUGUUUACGGAAGAGAAGAUUACAAAGGAAGACCUAUCACGUGGGAUGACAGUAGAAAUAAUUACAGAAAUAAUCAAAAUCGGGAUGCAUCAUCUCCGAGAAGAUUUCAGCAGUCAAAUUUCUAUGCACAGGGCCCACCGCUAAACAGUCCACAAUAUGCAUCACAACCUGAACGUGGCUUCCCGGUGGUCAAUCUACCAAAGGCAAAUAAUCAAUAUAAUUCAGAAAUAUCACAUGGAUAUAGUUCACCUCACAUGAAUCAAAAUUUUAAUUCUGAUGACGAUGGCAGCAGGAAUCGGCCAUUGCCUGGGAACAACUGGGAGCCAUCUGUUCAACAGGAAGCACAAAAGCAAUGGGACCCAAAUGCGGUACCGUGGAAAUGA